AUGCUUUAUUAUUUGAAACGACCGUCUAAGAAAAUAUUUUUAUUAACAAGAUCCGUAACACAAAAACCUAUUUCAAAUGAAUCGAGCUUAGAAUACUGUGCCAACAUUGUAAGACAGCACGAUUAUGAAAACUACUUGGCAACUUUGCUAAUGACGAGAGCUUUCCGAUCACCCGCUCUUGUUCUACGAGCGUUCAAUGUGGAAAUAGCUAGGGUGCAAGAUCAAACUACUGAUCCUCAAACUGCAGCAAUGAGACUUCAGUUCUGGCAGGAUGCCGUUAAUACAAUUUAUAAACCCAACAAAAGCUCAAGAAAUGUGCCAGCCCACCCUGUCAUUAUAGAAUUAAAUAAGGUGUGCACAAGUUAUAAAUUACCAAAAAGGUUCUUGGAAAGAUUAAUUUUAUCUAGACAUAGUUUAUUGAAAACAAAAUACUUUAAAACAAUUGAAGAUGUUGAAACUUACACUGAAAACACAGUCUCAACAGUUUAUUAUUUACUGCUAAGCAUUGCUGGUGUUACUAAUGUACAUGCAGAUCAUGCAGCGUCACACUUAGGUAAAGCUCAAGGUAUCGCCAAUAUUCUAAGGUCAGUUCACAUAUUAAACUAUCAUAAAACAAUAUGUUUACCUAUGGAUGUUUUGAUGAAACAUAAAGUAAGUCAAGAGUCGGUCUUACGAGGAAAUGAUAAUGAAAACAUGAAAAAUGUUGUCUUUGAUGUGGCUAGCAGAGCAAAAAGUCAUUUAGAAAAGGCACGAAGCAUUGAAGUACCUAAAAUAACAACACAAAUCUUCUUGCCAGCCAUUGCUGUGGAUAGAUAUUUAACAAAGCUUCAAAAAGUACAUUUUAAUGUUUUUGAUAAAUCUCUAUUACAAGGUAGCCCGAUGCUACCUUUGAUUUUGUAUUAUAAGAGAAUUCUAAAUAAAUAU